AUGAACAAGGAUGUUGAAAUUUUAAAAAACCAUCCUAGCGUUGAUGAACUACAAGACAUUUUGGAGCGAAACCGUGACAAUGUAACAUUUGCGUACGUGAAUACCAUUCUUAAUUUCACCAUCCCUGAAAUAUACACCAUAUCUACCAGCUCCAAUUUGCUAGAAGAUAAUUCGUUAAAUACCGCGAUACAAAAUGUGUUUUAUUCUUCAUUGAUUGGCUUCGGCAAUCUUGUUAACAAGAUUUCCACGUUGAAUAGGGAUAUGAAAAGUAAAGAGUUGACUCAGCUUUACUUGGACAUUUUGCAAAAAGUAGUCGAUGAAGGAUUGAUUCCUCAAUUGGUUUCAAAUGCAAAGUCCCAAAGCGAGCUAGAAGAGAUUAACAAGUUGAUUUUCAAAGGCAGAGUCUUAUCAGUUGUGAAUGAGGUAUCCGUUCUACAACAUAUCGAGAUUGUGAAUGAGCAUUUAAGUAGCACGAAAGGAUACGCCACGUACUUGGCGAAAUCACUUGUUCAACUCUACAUUAAUGAAAGUGCUACCGACAAACUUGGCAUUAGCAACAACAGAGAUAACAAGACCUUAGAAUCGUUCAUUCACUCGAUACUAAAGCUAGGCAAAAUCCCGUUUAUAACAUUUUUCAAUGUAUUUUUUCAAGAACCAUAUUGGGACUACUUUGUUGCUACGUUUCGUGGAAUGAGGACUUUUCAAAAGAAAAGCUACGUCAAGUCAUUUUUUGUCGAGUACCUACCAGAGUCAAGAUUGAUCACUUUGUCAAAAAAUUUACCUGCAUUAUAUCAAAUUCUUCAGUCACUGUUUGCUGAAGUAUUAUUCAACGAUGACGCUAUUAUCGAGCUCAUUAUUUCCACUUGUGACAAAAAUUUAGUACAGCUUGGAGCAAUGAUUCUCAAUAGUUCAAGUAACUCAAGUCUUGAAAAAAGAAUGUUGAAGCAACUACUGAUUUGGUCAGAUACGGCAUAUAUCAAGACCGAACCCAUCACAUAUCAAGAAACUCGGACCUAUUUUUUAUUAACAAUGAUGUCUUAUAUGAAGCUUAAAGACUCUCAAUUUGUCAAGGCGUUGCUAAAGCAUAAACGUUUUUUAGAAGGGGUUAGCAAUCGACUACAAUCGCACUCCAAUAAUGCAAAGUCUCUUGCCAUAUUGUUGGCAGAUAAAGUAUGUAAACUCAAUGGAGAAAAACAGAUUUUUGAAAGUGCCAACAUAAAUAAUCCAUAUAGUAAUCUACUUGAAAGGAACACGCCUCCAAUGGAUAAUCAUAUUUCAUUUGCGGUUGCAUGGUCAAUCAUUAGAGGCGAAAAUCAAGUUGAAGAGCAAAACACUUUGAUUGAAGUAGAUAACUCAACAAGUACCACUGAAGCUUCAACAAACUCCGCCGCAUUAGCUUCUCAAGAAGUUAAUGAUUUGGAAAAUCUUCCACAAAAACCCAAAAUCCCCAAUCCUAUUUACAUAAAAGACUUACUUACGUACCUCUCGAAAGAUACGAAAAACCCCAACGCUUAUGACUUUCGACGUAAAGCUCUUGUUUAUGGCCCGUCUUUGCUCAAGCAGAAAUCUCAGCGCGGAAACGAAGUUGAGUUUUUUGCAGAAGAUCUCAUAACACAAUUGAUUGCGUUGGAUAAUUAUUUUAAUGAUUCAGAUUUCGAUGAUUUAAAGUUGCAAAACAUGAUAGCGGUGAUUGUGACGACUCCAAAAGUAACAUUCCACUUAUUUAAUUUAUUGUUGAAUGGCGAUUAUUCGCUCCAACAGAGAAUUACCAUCCUUUCUGCAGCUGGCCUAGCCGCAAGAGAACUCCGAGGGUUUAAAGAUGAUAUUGAGGAUGUGAGAAAAAGUGCAGCUGUAAACACUAAUAGUGGUUCUAGCACUAUCACCAACACCGUUACAAAUAUAACCACCAAAACAGUUGCACAGAUGCUUCCUCCUCAAUUGCAUGAAAAAUACAUGCAACUUGAGACUCUCACCAAUUCUGCAACAGAACAGGCGAAAAUUCCCCAAUUCCACAAAAUUAUUGCGACAAACUUUUAUUUCCCGCUCCUAAACGUUUGGUAUGAGGCAGGCACGAUAGAUAUUGGACAUUACCUGCCAAUUUUCAUAUCUCAUUAUAUAAAGACACUUCUGAUAUUCAUACACUGUGCUUACCCUUCCGCAACUCAGCUUAAUGAUAUGUGCAAGGAGUAUCUCACUUUGAGCUGUACUGUUAUAAAAAACUUGAAUAUCGACGAGAUUCAAGUUGUGCAAAGUGUCAUAUUAGGUAUUUUAUUGGUGUUUGAUGUACUUGACAGCCUUUAUAUUGUUCAAAAUUAUACCGAUGAUCUAGGAUUGAUUUCGCAAUGGCUACAAAGUAGCUGGGAGAUGAUUAAUGAUGAAGAUGUCAAAUCAGCUGCUGCUAAAUUGUUGUUGACAAUCCUGGACAUGGCAAAGAAAUAUGAAAGAACAAUGCUAUAUCAGGAUGGGUUUUAUUAA